AUGACAAGUCAGGAUAGUGAUAUAGAGAACUUGGAUCAAAAUAACAAAAAUUUGGGCGGAAGGCCGUGUGCACCAAUUUGGAGUUUUUUUACAGAAGGUGAAGAAAUAGAUUCAGGCCAUCGUUCAGUUACUUGUGAAUGUGAUGGUCAAUUUUUACGAAUUAGCAUUACAGCAGCUGCAGUAUGGCAACAAAUGAUGAAAACUGGCCAUAUCAUUAAAUUACGUGAUUAUCAUGUUCGAAAAUCACCUUAUAAUGCAACUUAUAUAUCUAAUGUUGAUAGUCCCCAAAUAUGGUGGGAAACUUGUGAACCAAAUUUGCCAUAUCUCCAGUUAUUAGCUAUCAAAUUGUUUUCUGUUUCACCACAUGCAGCCAAUUGUGAAUGUGUUUGGUCAACUUGUGGUUGGAUUUAUGGAAAAAGACGUAUAAGUCUCUCAGUCAAAAAUUUAGAUGCAAUUGCUCAAAUCCGUUCAUAUUAUAUUGCUAAUAGUAAAUCUGAGCUGCCACAUUAUGGUAUAGACAAAUCUGCUGAAGACAUUAAAAAGAUAUUAUAUAACACAGAUCUUUAUGAAGAAAUUAAUGAUAUUGCUCUUGAGCAAGCUAUAAUGAAUGUUAAUAUUAAUCAGUCUAGCAUCGAUAAUGAUUAUGAUAUUAUUUCGGAAGAGUUUUUUGAGUUAGAGGAUGCAUUAGAUUUGUCAAAUUUGACAUUUCUACCAGAAGAAAGCAAACAAAUUGAUGCAGAUAUAGUUGAUGAUGAUGCAGGAUCAAGCGACUGGUUAGAAGAAUUUAAUCAAGAAGAAGAUUAUGAUCCAGCCGAAUUAGGAGAGAUGUUUUUGAACUAG